CUAUCGUCAUGGCAAGGUGAAGACUGUUGCAGAUGGAAGGGAGUUAGGUGCAGCGCAAAAACAGGCCAUGUUGUCAAGCUCAAUCUUAGGGGCAUGAAUUCAGAAAAAAUCGGAGAUUCUCUGGGAAGCUACCAGUGUGGAUAUGGGAGAAGAUGCCAAUCUUAGCACUGUUGCGUCUGCGGUCAAAUAGGUUUUAUGGACACAUUCCCAGUGAGCUUGCAAUGAGUAAAGAACUGCAGUUUCUAGACCUCGCAUACAACAAGUUUUCUGGAAGCAUACCUCACUCAAUAGUUAACUUGAGUGCAAUGGCUCGUAAUUCUGGAUACAGUGAAAUUCUUUACAGAAGCAUAGCUGGUCCUCCGGGACCUCAGUUGUAUAAUUACAUGUAUGCUAUUAUUAGUUUCAGAGAAAGUGUAUCGGUUCUUACCAAAGGGCAACAACUUGGAUUUUCUAGUCAGCUCAGCUAUAUGGUGUUUCUCGAUUUGUCAUGUAAUAACUUAACUGGAGAGAUCCCUCAAGACAUUGGUGCUCUUAUUGCACUGAAAGGUUUUAACCUGUCUUGGAACCAGUUAAGUGGGGAGAUCCCUGUGAGUAUUGGUCAGCUUAAAGCACUGGAAUCUCUUGAUCUCUCACACAACGGGCUGUCAGGCGAAAUCCCUUCCAGUAUGUCAGCUCUUACCUCUUUAAGCAGCAUGAACCUCUCAUACAACGAUCUGUCCGGAAAGAUUCCAGCAGGAAACCAGAUUGAGACCUUUAAUGCAUCUGUCUACAUGGGAAAUAUUGGUCUAUGUGGCCCUCCCUUAACUUGGAGCUGUCCUGGAAACUCGUCAAGCCAAGACACGCAUGGAAAUCAUCAUGAUUUGGGGGAUAUAUCCCUUAACCUUGCAGUGAUUAUAGGGUUUGUCCUCAACCUUUGGGUGGUCUUUUGUUUGAUGCUGUUCAAAAAGAGUUGGAGGGUUGCCUAUUUCGUUUUUGUUGAUGAGCUCUAUGACAAGAUUUAUGUGACUGUGGUAGUAAGAUUCGCCAUCUGGAAGAGGAAAUGUGGUAUUUGAAGUUGAUCAUCGUUAUGUAUUGUAUAGGCUACCAUGGGUAUACUAGUCACUACAGAACUUAUGUAUGGUCGAGUGGCAUCUGUGUGCGAGUCACAUUGUCUGUGUAAUGUAGCUUAUGAAUAUCUACGUGCCCACUUGAUA